CGGCCAUUACWAAAGAAGGUUGCCUUCCAAAGCGUUAUAUUUUAUCAAUGCUGGUUUUCUUAGGUUUCUUUACAAUGUACGGCCUUCGAGUUAAUCUUAAUGUAGCGAUAGGAGCAAUGGCGAAGAACCAUACUAUUUUAUCCCAUGGACACCCAACAAAAAAGCCACCAGAAUUUCAGUGGAGCUCAAGAUUACAAGGAAUUGUUCUUGGCUCCUUUUAUUAUGGAUAUAUAGCUUUACAGAUAGUCGGUGGUUGGUUGGCAAUAAAGAUAGGUGCAACACGGCUGUACGGACUCUCUUUAUUCAUAUCGUCGUUAUUGACGUUACUGACCCCCAUAGCAACAAGAGCAAGUGUUUAUUUAUUGAUUACACUGCGCAUCGUCGAGGGACUGGUACUGGGAGUAAUGUUCCCAUGCAACCACGCGAUCUGGAGUAAAUGGGCACCGUCCAUGGAACGUGCAACACUGCUGACACUAAGCAUCGCAGGAUGCACCACGGGCAGUGUUGCCGCGAUGCCAAUAUCUGGACUGCUAACGAUGACACAUAUUGAUGGUGGAUGGCCGCUUACGUUUUACUUCUUUGGGGUGCUUGGUGUAGUUUGGUAUGCCCUGUGGUUGUUCCUUAUAUAUGAAACACCGUCCGUUCAUCCUACGAUAUCCAUGGAUGAAAGAGAACUUAUCGAAGAGACUGCUGUCAGCGCUGAAGAGAUGAGUGGAGAAGUUCCAUGGCGAGAAAUCCUAACGUCUCGUCGAGUUUGGGCCAUCACAGCAGCUGCCUUUGCAGGGGACUGGGGGCUAUAUGUACUGCUUAUUUGCAUACCGUUGUACUUGCUUGACGUCAUACAAUACGACUUGCACAAAAUGGGGUUUGCUGCAGCAAUGCCGUUCCUAUUCAAAGCCGUAUCUUGUCCGUUGGGUGGCUGUUUGUCAGAUUGCUUACUACGUCGUGGAUAUGUCGGCGUGCUAACCGCCAGACGRCUUUUCUUCUCUCUUGGGGCAACUGCUAGUAUYUACAUAGUACUUGCUGGUUAUACAGAAGACCCCUACUUAGUAGUUGGUUGGAUUUCUCUAGCAGGAUUUGUGUCAGGAUUUGUGUAUGCAGGUUUUCAUGUAAAUAUGCUGGACAUUGCGCCUCGUAAUGCUUCUAUAAUUAUGGGUUUAUGUAACACUGUGGGUGGUACUACWGGAUUUAUCACACCUAUGAUGGUUGGGUUUUUGACUAGAAACAAGACGGCAGCAGAAUGGAGAACAGUAUUUUGGAUUACACUUUGUAUAUACGCACUUGGUGCGACGGUAUUUUGUACUUGUAUAACAGAUAAACGACAAGAAUGGGACAAAGCAACGUCUAAAACUGAUUCUGACGAAAGUUUAUCUGAAGUUAGCUUAGAGGACAAAGACGGUGACGAAAAGRCAACAGAGCGGUAGAAGGACCAGUAUUUAUUAUCAGACAUAACUUCAAAACGGCCUGGUGCCAAUAUAAUGACGUAUUGAAUGAMGUGAAGGACAYAUCAUGACGCACGAUGACGAAUAUUGUGCCCCGCCCUCAAAGUAUUGGAUUGAUUGAGUGAUAAKAACCUGUAAGACUCGAUAUGAUUUGUUAGAUCUUCUUUUGUUUAUCUCUAUGAUGGCGUUACAGCUMCUUGCACCCAUGGCUUGCCUACAGGCAAAUACUUAUUGUUGACAAUGUUGCGCACGAACAGUUUUCAUUUUACGACGACUUUAAUUAGUAUAUGCACCCCACAGGUAUCCCAACGCAACUGUGUUUCGUAAGAAAGGGAACUAAAGAAAACAGUGAGAUACAAUACAAUAUGAUGUCGUUUCAGCACAAAGAAUAUAAUUGUACCAUUAUUGUACUUAUGUAAUUAGCUUGCUAUUUUGUCAAUAAAGUUUUUUGUA